AGCUGUUGUCUUACCGCUGGGCUGCUUUUGCCUCUUGUUUUAUUAUGCAGCCAGUUUUCAUAUUGUUCUGCAUUGUCCAAUCGUGCAUGAUCUAGCGGGCCCAGAUGUCACAGCUGUGGACUGACAACCCCACCAUAAGGUGGGAGCCCUGACAGACCGACAAAUCGAGAAACAGUUAAAUAUCUGGGGUCCAACUCCAUCGGUUACCCCUCCAAAACAUCCCAGGACCGUGAUAACUAUCCAGGCCUGUUUAUAUGCUAGUAUUGCGUCUUUAGUUGUCUCACUCGUUGCUGUGACAAGCAUAGCAAUCCGUUAUUUGAUACCCAUUAAGUAUUGCCCAACAUGACCUCCCACGAUGACACAAUGCCCGAUGAGACGACAGGCUACAAGCUCAACCAGCCCAAGCAGAGCUUGGCUGAAUAUCAAAACAUGGAUGCCGGCGACGAAUCACUCCAACGCUACAAGCAAUCCCUCGGCCUCAGUGCUGGCAAGGACCUUUCCGACCCCAAUGACUCCCGAGUCUGCAUCAUCCUGUCCCUCACCAUGGAAUCUCCCGGCCGCCCGCCUGUCACCAUCGACUUGUCAACCCCGGGUAGCGAGGUGACUCUAAAGGACAAGCCGUUCAAGAUCAAGGAGGGUGCAAAGUUCACCAUGGUUGCUUCCUUCAAGGUCCAGCAUGAGAUUCUCAGUGGCCUGCACUAUGUCCAGGUGGUGAAGCGCAAGGGCAUCAGGGUCAGCAAGGAUAGUGAGAUGAUUGGGAGCUAUGCCCCAAACACCGACAAGCAGCCCAUCUAUUCGAAGAAGUUCCAGGAGGAAGAGGCCCCAAGUGGCAUGCUUGCCCGUGGCCACUACCAUGCUCUGUCAAGCUUUGUCGACGACGACAAGAAGACCCACCUCUCCUUUGAAUGGAGCUUUGACAUUGCCAAGGACUGGUAGAGUGCCUGCAGCUGCUGUCGCUCUGACCAUGCAUCCAGGCAUACGGCAUCAUUGGAUCCGGCAUGAGACAUGAUGGAUUUUGACCCAUGAGAUACACCCCCCGUUUUUGCUGCGUUCUGCUUUUGCGAUCACCCUCAUGGUGGAAAGGUCCCGACAUCGCUGGACUUUCGACAAGGCUGGAGAGGAAAGAAAAAUAAACACCGGAAGACUAUUACACCCAUGACUCCCUAGGUGGUAGAGGCAGUUAGGAAUCGAACACUAGCCAACGCGACCCUGCUUGCCAUCUAACAUUAAUGUGUGAUUGCUAUUGUAAGAUGCUACGUAGGGAGGCUAUGCCAUUUCUCG